AAACUGUCCGAUGUCAUCAGAAUGGUUUGCCCAUACUUCGCAAUGUGCGGGCUGGUGCUGGCCGGAAGCGCCCAGCCAUUGUCCAGGGCUCCAUUUAUGGAGUGCAAGGGCACUGCACUGCUUUUGCGCACGCUCGCGAUGCUUCCCCUCCCCUUUCCGAUGACGCUUUGUGCUUGUGAAGUCAUCAAAAGAUCUACGUGGGAGAAUGUCCACAUCCUUGUCGACAAGUGGCCAGACAUCGAUCUGCCUCACAGCCGCGUCAUUCGCAAGGUCCUUUGGGCCAUCACCCACAACCAGAUGCUCGAGCAGCACGCAGAGGACUGUGGCUUUGCCUUGCUGGUCAUUUUGCUGGUGGCAUUGCGAGCCAUUGACUAUGAUGAUGGCGCAGAAGGGGCGAGAAGCGCCUACCUUUACUUGACGCAGUCCUUGCUGCCAAAGCUGGAGCCACACUUUGAGGCUGCUGCUUUGGAUGGCUGGAAGCCUGAUCUGACAGAUUUGAGGAUCUACCCUUUCCUUAUGGGUCUCAGACAGCAUGACUGCCACGGAACCAUGUUGAAGAUCUAUGUCUACAAGCUGCCGGAGCUCACACGCGGGGUACUGCAUUGCCACCAUGGCCAGUGGGGCAUCGAGGCUUUGAUCCCCCACUGGCUUCGACAAGGCUCUUGUCUGACUACGAAUCAUGAAGAGGCCGACUAUUUCUUUGUGCCCUGGCACACCUGGUGUGACCGGAUCGUGCACAAGAUGAACCAAUCUCGCCGGGAGGUGUCAGCUGUGUAUAUUGAUUUAAUGAAGCGGAAGCAAGAGCUGCUACCUCACUGGACGAAGAAUGAAGGUCAUGAUCACGUGUUCAUUUUUUCGGAUCAGGGCAUGAACUUUUUCCCAGAGUGGCGCGACUACAUUCCACACUCCAUGUUUGUUGUCACAGAAGCCUUGACUCCCCGAUGUGGGCCAAGCUGUUUUAACGCAUGGAAGGACUUCACGGUUCCAGGUCAUACGGACUAUUUUAGGUAUCGGCGUAUGGCUAUGUUCAAUCUGCCAACUGAUCAGCGGACGUUGCUCUUGAACUUCCACGGUCGCCAUCCGGGCUUGAAUGACCUUUACAAAAACAAUUAUGUGCGUGGCAACAUUAUCCGAGUGUUUGAUGGUCUUGAAGGUGUCAGCGUUGGUGGUUUCACCGACGACUACUUUGAACGCAUGGGCGCGUCACACUUUUGCUUGGUGCCCAUGGGAACAUCGUCGUGGACUAACCACCUUUAUGAAGCUUUCCACGCCGGUUGCAUUCCGGUGAUUCUGAGUGACGGGUUUAAGGUGCCGUUUGAAAGUUUUCUUGACUGGCCCAGUUUUUCCGUGAAAUGGCCCAUGACAGAUGUCAGCAAGAACUUGCACAAGUUCCUGCUGGACACUCCACUCUGGCUUUUGCGCAAAAUGAAGGCAGCCGUGGACGCACACGCUUGCUGGUUUGACUGGCACCAGGUGUCUGAACCAGCUCAAGCGUGCUCGCCUUAUCUGGGCAUCCUUCGUGAGUUGGAAAGGAAGAAGCCUGCGAUGCCCCGGACGUCGGGGCCAUUCUGGCAACAUGAGGAAAAGCUGUAGCUUGGCUCAGCGGGCGCCCACGCACAUGUUUCCACAAGUCACCGGUCACAGCAGUCGGGCGUGGUUUGUGUUCUGUUCUGUCUGGUUGCGGCUGUCACGGGCCAACGUCGCGGCAAUGGUGGCGCUGCGCGCGUGACGCGCGCAUGGCGAGACUGAGUGCUGGUGUUGU